UGCCACCUCCCACAGCACAAACCUAACUCUCUUACUCUCUUCUCUUCAUCCCUUUAAAUUUAAAGCACGAAAAGAAAAAAAGCAAAAAAAAAAAAAAAAAAAAAGAAAGCCCUUUAAAGCUAGAAGCUAGCUAGUCAGUUGACGUUUUUUUUUUCAGUACUUAAAAAGCCCCCCUUUUUUUUCUUUUCUUUUUGGUACAUUAAUUCAUCAAUGGAAGAAGACGACCAAAAAGAGUUGCAGCUUCUGCCAUCUCCACAGUCAUCCGUAGUACCAUCUCGGCCGUUGGAUCAUGCUGCUAAUUCCAUCAUAAGGUAUAAUAACAACCGAUCAAAGGAUCACCAUCAUAAUCAUCAGCAUCAUCUUCAUCUUCGUCACAAUCACAAUCGCCGCCGUCAGUUUAAUAAUGGGCCGGGACUCGAUUUACAGCUUUCGAUUAGUCUGAGGCCCACGACGACGACAGAGGAGGAUUGUCGUACGGUAUUAGCUGGGCCUAUCUGCGAAUGUGUGGACGAUCAGGAUCUAACGAUAUUGGACGAUGACGACGAUGAUGAUGGCGGUGGCGGUGGCGGUGGCGGUGGUGAUGAGCAAAGGAAGUGUGUUGAGGCGCUGAAGUGGCAAGCGGCGGAGCAGAUAAGGCUGGCGGCGAUGGAGAAAGCUUAUGCGGAGAGAGUGAGGGAGCUGACGAGGAGGGAGAUGGAGCUGGCGCAGUCGGAGUUCGCACGUGCGAGGCACAUGUGGGAGAGAGCGAGAGCAGAGGUCGAGAAAGCUGAGAGGAUGAAGGAGAAGGCUACGAGUACUACAACGACGUCGUCUUCUUCUUCUCUUCAUCAGAUGGAUAUGAAUUUUAAUUCUUCUUCAUCUUCUUCUACGUGCAUGGAGAUCACUUGCCAGUCUUGCAGGCAAAGGUUUAGGCCUAAUUAAUAUCUAUUUAUCAUUAAUUAUUAGUUUGCCAAGUUUAUAUAUAUAUAUAUCAUCAUCAUCAUGAAUUAAUAUAAUAUAAUAUUUCAUCAAAACCCUUUUGAUCAUCAUCAUCAUCAAGACUACCAGCUGGGAUGUAAUAAUUUUACACAACCAUUAUUAUUGAGAUCUUCAUAUAUAUGAGCUAAUGAUGAUCCAUUUUAUUAAGUAAUUAAUUAUGUAUUAUUAGUAUUGCAUAUUUUGGGUAAUGGGUUUUCUGAAUAUUUUUGUUUUUGGGGUAGAAAAUCUGGGCGGGGCCUGCAGUUUGUGAAAUGUGAAUCUAGGCAUGCAAAUUAAUAACAAAGCUAGCAGCAGCUCUAGUACUCAAUAAUAAGUAGCUUGAAUUGUACUUUUGAAUAA